UAGCUUGCUGCUGCUGCCUCCUUGAACUGACAACAGCUCUGACAGUGCCUUGUGCCUCUCACCAGGCCCCUUGGAACAGAGACACCCCCAGCCACCCGAACCCUGUCCCCAGGUCCCGUGGUCCUCUGUGUCCUGACAUGCCAGGCAGCAGCAGCACACGCGUAGCCCCAGCAGCCCAGCCAUGGAGCAGCAAGCCUGGAUACUGAGGGGCUUCCUGGCUCAAGUGGAGAGCAAGGAGGCUGAGGAGGAGGAAGCAGAGAGUGGCUUCACAGGGGAGUUCUCAAGGCUCAAACGCCAGUCCACCAAGUACCGCACUGACAAAACCUACCCCACCAAAGUAGCGGAGAAGCAGGAGAAUGUGAAGAAGAACCGAUACAAGGACAUUGUUCCCUUUGACCACAGCAGAGUGAAGCUGUCCCUUACCACCUCUAAGAAUGACAAUGACUACAUCAAUGCCAGCUUCAUCAAGGGAGUGUCAGGGGCCAGGGCCUACAUUGCCACUCAGGGCCCUCUGCCCCACACCGUGCUGGACUUCUGGAGGAUGCUCUGGGAGUACAACAUAGAGGUCAUAGUGAUGGCUUGCAGGGAGUAUGAGAUGGGCAGGAAAAAGUGUGAGCGCUACUGGCCGGAGAAACAAGAGGAGCCAUUUGUUUGUGACCCGUUUACUAUUUACUGCGACUCAGAGGAAAGUAAAGGGGACUAUGUGAGCAGACACUUGAGGGUGACCUAUCGUAAUUGGUGCCGGACCCUGAGACAGCUGCACUAUAUCAACUGGCCCGACCAUGGGGUCCCUGACACCAUCCCUCCCAUCCUGGAGCUGCUGCAAGAGAUGCGAUCCUACCAGGCCCAUGGGGAUGUGCCCAUCUGCAUACACUGCAGUGCUGGCUGUGGAAGAACAGGAGCACUGUGUGCCAUCGACUACACCUGGAACCUGGUGAAAACACAGCUGCUCAAAGAAGACUUCAGCAUCUAUGACCUGGUUCAGGACAUGAGAACACAGAGGCCUUCUGUGGUUCAGACCAAGGAACAGUACGAGCUGGUGUACAGAACCAUCAAGUUCCUGUUUGAGAAGUAUCUGCAGUCCAUGGCACCAGCACAGCCUUCCUGUACAGAGGAGGUGCCAGCGGACCCCUCACCCCCUACAGCCAGUGACAGUGAGCUCUCUGACCUCAGCGAGGCGUCUGAAGCUGAACAGGAACCAGAACCUGAGCCACAGCAUCAAAUGGAACCACAGACAGAGCGCAGGCACCCAGAUAGGGAGGAACCUGAUGGGAUAUCCAAUCACGUCUUACCAGUGGCCUUCUCUGCCUCAGCAGCGGUGCAUGAUGGUGACCCACUGUUUGACUCGGCUAUGUGCUCCCCCUCAGUCAUCCUCAAUGCCCUGAGAGCCAGGGACAGGCAGAGCGAACAGCAGAGACCAAACUCCCUACCAACACAGACUAUUAACCAGAAACCACAACCCCUACAGACACAGACUAAUAGCAUGUCCAUGAACCAGAGACCACCAUACCCACUACCGACAAAGCCCGAUACAUUGCCCACCAGCCAGGCCCUGAGACAAGAGCCCAGUCUCCGCAUCCCCAUCAUAACCUCUCAGGCACUCAUGACUCAGGAAUUCUGUCAGAGAGCCAUGGAGCAAAAGAAGGUGGAGAGUGAUGGAGAGAUCACCCAACUGGUACCACCAGUUUCCAUCUCCAACCCCCUCUGUCUCACUGUGGAGGACCUCUAUGUUUUACCUGACUCUUCAAUGACCUCACCCCUGGCUGCUGAGGCUCCCAGAGGUGCUGAUAAUGAGGAGGAGCUGGCUCCUCUGAGCAAGUUGACAGAGAACCCCUGUUUCAAUGGUUCAAGUAUAACUCUUAAAGACCAGGCGAUGGAACUGCCAGCCCUUGUCAUCACAAACGCUGCCGCAGGUGCGCUUGUAGCUUUCUCGGAUGAAGACAGUCCACCUCCAUUACCUGAGAGAACCCCUGAAUCAUAUGUACUGGCUGCUGGAACAGAGCAUCCUGAUAACAUCUCUAAACCUGAGAGGUUAGAGGUCCUCAUCCCUCCUAAUGCAGCAGCUGAAGCCCUCAGGGGGAACGGGAGUGCCCCCUCGCCUAUCCCCCCACUGCCAGAGAGAACGCCAGAAUCCUUUGUGUUGGCCAACAAUGCCGGUAGGAGCACUACUGUCUUCCCUUCCCUCUCAGUCCCUGUGGAGAUGGUGGUCCAGAAGUCAGAAGAGAGAGAGUGGUCUGGACGUUCAGUGGACACUCCGGUGGAUAAGAUGUCUUGGACGAGGAGCAAAAGCUUGAAAGUAAAAAUGACAACACUCUCAGUGUCACCCCAGGAUACAGUAUCACCCCCAGUUACAUUGCCUCCCCCGGUUAGAUAUUCUGUUCCUGCUCCCUGUACAUCAGUAAACCUUCCUCCUCCCCCUCCACCUCCCUAUCCUCUGGCCCCUUCUCUCUCACCUCCAGGCUCAGAUAAUCUGACUCCCCCUCUACCUGAGAGAACCCCAGAAUCCUUCUUCCUGGUCACUCAAGAAGUUGAUCAGAACAGUGCCCCCUGCCUGCAGAGUCAGAGCAACAGCCAGACCACAUCCACACAGCAGAGGAUUGGUACGUCCUCAGAGUGGGCAGGGAACUCCCAACCCGAAAGAUUCCUGGAUGGAAUCAUGAAUCGGAGCAAGAGUGUCCACGAAAAGAGUUCACUGACAGAGCCCCUGACUACUGUUCCUCUGGUUGCUCAAGCCGUUGUGGCUUUAGGAGGAAGUGCUGAAAUGAAGCUUCAGCAGCCUGUGGACAACAGCACCCCAACCAGCACUGGGACUACUGAAGACAAAUCAGACAAAAACAGUGGGAAGGCCUUGUCUAGAACAAAGAGCCUGAAGUUAUUCAAACUCAGACAGAAACCAAAGUCUGCCCCUCCACCAGUACCAACCCACUCUGGACCAUCUCCUCCUUAUGGUACCUCCACCUCAUCAUCAGUGUUCACAUUUGGAUUUGGGACUCGUUUUGGGAAGCCUAAAGGGCCAAGGAGUCAUCCUGAGACGUGGGUGUAAGACAGCCAGUCAACAAAGCUGGAUAUGUCUGGCCACUGUCCUCAGAUCACAGGGCUGGAACCCUGCAUGUGGCUACUAGCCACUCAACUGGACUAGGGAUGGUCCCUAGACAACUUUUGACAGUGUGAAGGAAGAGCAUCAUUCCAAGAAGACAUGGGGAAUCAUGUAGCUUUCUCCCUGUGUUCUGAGACGACAUGAACACGGUCUUGCAAACUGCUGUCACAGCCCAAUGAUCAACCUCGGAUUAGCUUUAAAUUGGAGCACCUGCUAUUCAUGACAAAUUGAUCGUACUGUAGUUAUUUAACUGUGCCUGAAGGGAGAACUUGUGCCUCUGAAAUGUGGUGGAAGGAUGCAAUCAAUUGUAGGCAAAGGAUGGAUGGAAAGAAUGGAAGGAUGAGUUGAAUGUUAGAGGGCUACUUUUGGCUAUUUUGCCUGAUAAAUACAGUAAGGACUUUGAAUAGUUGGUAACACGUUACUUAAUACAUGUUACCAAAUAUUUUUCUAUGCUGAUGUUUAUUUGUUAUUGUUUGUAUAGGCUCCUUCUGAUCCAGACAAAAUCCAGAUCUACACCUGGACUGUACAGAGUGAUGAACUUUUUUUAAGAGUAAUAUAUUUGUACUGGUAUUAUUUUUCAUGGUGGUGUGAGAUAAGCAGACGGGUCUGUAUUGUGCAAACAUCACAUUCAUUGUUGUAACUUGGUGGAUGUGUUUUCUACAUGGGCUAUAAUUUAAAGAGUAAAGACAAUACAUACUGCUCUAAAUUUACCCAUUUGAGGAUCACUUUUCUCAUCUAUAAUGCUUACAAAAGUAAUGUCACUGAUAAUUCAUACAUAAUGCACACAUACAAUUAUUUAUUUUGAAAAAUACAAGAAACGUUUGU